AUGACUGAUCUUUACUCUGAUAGCUAUGAUGAUGCUCCGCCUGAUUUCUUGACUGACCUCGUGUUGCAUGGAGAGGAAAAAGUGCAGACAAAGUAUGUUCAUAAGAAUGGAUCAAUCCGGAUUCUUGAAGGGGGUGAUAAUCGUCCACGCUUCACUGUACUUACAUUCGAAAGGGAAACUCGCAGCUAUCCUAACACUGGGAUUCACUUCACUGUUUGGGUGAUGCAGCUGUUGGAUGGUUCCUACAGUAUCAUCAAAGCAGUCACUGACACCUCUCUUGCUAAAUGGUUGGAAGGAAAAGAGAUGAUGUCUGGUUGCACGCUGAUUGUGCCUGAUUUCAGGAUCGUUCGAUUGCAGACAGGUGAUGAGAUGUCUACCAAAAUGAUCAUGCUCAUCAAAGACUGUGGAUGGGUGUACCCGCCUGAUGUGGACUUACCAUAUGUCGGUCCACAAGAAAAGGCAAGGCCUUGGGGCCAGAUCUUCGAUGAGGAAGAGAACUUCCGUGCUCCAUCCAGGAGAAUCACUCAUUUCUACCACGGUACAAUCGAAAAGAACAUGAAGUAUGGACAUCUCAUUUUCACUGAAGAGAGGAGGGAAUCCCGACAGGCCCAUCGCUGGAAUUCCUAUGUCAGGUCUGACGUUCUUCGAUCCGAGUAUUCUGAAGGUCAUUGGAUCAUGUCGGGCGAUACCAGGAAGUGCUGGGAUCAGCGUAUGAAUGACAAGAAGGCUGCAACUGCCAAGAAGCGUGAUCUGUGGGAAGAGUCCGACGAUGACGAAAAAGUAGUUGAGUGUGCGUGCAUCAGUACAUUUAUUUACAAAGAUUGCAUCGCCAAACAGUACACUAUCGACAUGUAG